AUGGUCUUAUGUGGACUCCGCCGCAAAAUCGAGCAACCAUGCCAACAAAACAUUAUCGGUGUCGGUCAAUUCGCUAUCGUUCACAAGCUGAAUAAUAAAAUCGUCCGGAAAGUUCCGUUAGAUAAAUCCUUCAUCUAUAGCACUCGUGCUCUCGAAAUUGAAGGUCGCGUCUAUAGCCACCUUGGCAAACAUAAACGUAUUGCCCGGUGUAUCAGCUGGAGCGAUGACUUCGUCGACUUGCGAUAUGAGUGUAAUAGCGACCUCGAGUCCUAUUUGAAGAAAAACUCCUUGACUAGCCACGCUAAAUGUCGAAUUGCUCGGCAGGCUGUCGAGGCUGUCGUCUUCAUUCACGGAAAAGACGUUAUUCAUUCCGAUCUUAGCGCUUGUCAGUUUCUGGUGGACAAAAAUUGCAAUAUAAGAUUAUCCGACUUUGGCGGGUCGUCGUUACAGGGUUCAGAGGCCAUUGUCAUGGAGACCGCCUCCCACUUUCUACCACGGGAUGAGGGUUCUCCAAAUACUAUCCAGAGCGAUCUAUUCGCCCUCGGGUCUACUGUAUAUGAGAUUUUUCUCGGCAAGAAACCUUACGAGGGAAUGGAAGAAGAAGAAGUCCAGCGCCUAUUUUCAGAAAAAGAGGCUUCCACCCAUAAGAUUAGUUUAGAUGAGGAGCCGGCUUUGGUGAAGCAGAUGAUUGAAUACCUCUACACCUUGGAUUAUCAGGUUGACCCUCAUGUCCCAGUAUCUGAUGCAUGUGUCUCUGAUGAGAACAUUCUUGCCAAGUCCUCUGAGUUACAAGAAGGUGAAGACACUCCGUCUACUUACAAACCAGCGUGUACAUCGGACCCCCUUUCCUUUCACAUCUUGAUGUAUUCACUUGCAGAUCGUCUGUUUAUACAGGGCCUGAAAGCUCUUUCCCGACAAAAUGUUCAACAGGAACUGGUUCAACGGUUGAAUGCGAAUUCGUUCCCUCAAGCAAUUCUCGAGAUCUAUAACUCAACUCCCGAAAACGACCGAGGUCUGCGAGAUUUGGUUGUUAAAAUUACUAUGGACCACUUAACUACACUACGGAGCGCGGAUGAAGCAGAAGCCGCGGCUUUUCAAGACGAUCUUUUAAAAUCGGUUCCUCAAUUUUCGUAUGACUUGCUCGUGGCGAUCAUGAAUAAGUCCGUAUCAAUCUGGAACCAAGGUGAAGAAUGUAAGAAAAAUUGGUUAAAGAAAACAUGGGUCUGGCCAGUAUAA